AGCAAGCGGCGAAAGAAGAGACUGUCGGUGGGAGGGAUCGACCCUGUUUCUGGACCCGUACUGAGCUGCUUCCCUCUGGGAUAUACUGCACCGCCGAAAAUGCUCAUAAAAGAAUUUCGAGUGAUUCUUCCAAUCUCUGUCGAAGAGUACCAGGUCGGACAGCUGUACUCUGUGGCUGAGGCCAGUAAAAAUGAGACUGGUGGAGGAGAAGGAGUGGAGGUGCUAAAAAAUGAGCCCUAUGAGAAAGAUGGAGAGAAGGGACAGUACACACACAAAAUCUACCAUUUGCAGAGUAAAGUGCCGUCAUUUGUCAGAAUGUUGGCUCCAGCUUCAGCUCUCAACAUCCACGAGAAGGCCUGGAACGCAUACCCAUACUGUCGCACAGUUAUCACUAACGAGUAUAUGAAAGAUAACUUCCUGAUCAAGAUUGAGACAUGGCACAAACCUGACACGGGACACCUCGAAAAUGUACACGGUUUGGAUGCAGAAACCUGGAAGAAGGUGGAUGUAGUCUAUAUUGAUAUUGCGGACAGAAGCCAAGUGGAGCCGAAGGACUACAAGCCAGAGGAGGAUCCUUGCAGGUACAAGUCAGUGAAAACAGGACGAGGCCCUCUAGGACCAGACUGGAAGAAGGAACUUCCUAACAAAAAAGACUGCCCACACAUGUGUGCCUACAAACUGGUCACUGUCAAAUUCAAGUGGUGGGGCCUGCAAAAUAAAGUGGAGAACUUCAUUCAAAAGCAAGAGAAGCGUUUGUUCACUAAUUUCCACCGUCAGCUGUUCUGCUGGAUCGACAAGUGGAUUGACUUGAACAUGGAAGACAUUCGUCGUAUGGAGGAGGAGACACGCAGGGAGCUAGAUGAGAUGAGAGUGAAGGACCCAGUGAAAGGGAUGGUGGCUCUAGAGGACUGAGGUUGUGUUGGACCGUGAAUGCUGCUGCUCAUCAGACCAGAAUACCCAGACACCAGCGGAUUCACAUCCUCCUUCUAUUCAAACUGACAUCUGACCGGCUGGUCCAACCCCUUCCAACCCCCACCCCCCGAGUACAGUCUGGUUUUCAGGGACCUGGACCCAGUAAACUCCCAAUUUCCAGCUGAUCUCCUCCACCACAUCCCACCUCCCUUGAGUCCCAUCCAUUUCUAUUUGUUUUUCCAUCUAGUGCCCCUGUCUUAUUAACAACUCUGAGGCCUCUAGUAGCAACAGUAUAGAUCUUGUCAGUCAGUCCUUUCUUUCUCUCUCUCAGUCUCUAAACCUCUCUAAACUACAGAGAAUAGUGUCAUUUAUCUCUGCAAACUAGGAUUUAUUUCUAUUUAAGAUCCCAAUAGUGUAUAUAUACAGUGUACCGUAUA